CCUGCCGCGCUCUCCCCGCUGCGCUCUCCCCGCCGCCGCCGCCGGUCCCGCUCCCCGCGCUCAGCCGUGACUCGCAGACCCCCUGAUGACGGUCCGGCGGGGGGACAAAGUUCCCAUCAGCAUCCAGGAGCACAUGGCUAUCAACGUGUGCCCCGGCCCCAUCCGGCCCAUUCAGCAGAUAUCGGACUACUUCCCCCGGUACUCGCCGUGGCCAGAGGGCACCCCGUCUCCCACCGGACCUCCUCGCAGUCUCUCGCCGCUCAGCAUACCAGUCCAGGGGGCCGAGCCGGGGGCCGAGUCUACAGACCUGGAUAACUACGAUUCGGACGAUGGCACAGCGCUGGGGACCCUGGAAUUCGAAUUAUUCUACGACCAAGAGAAAUGUAUCCUGGAGUGCAGCGUCCUGAGGGCCAAGGGGUUGAAGCCAAUGGACUUCAAUGGUUUGGCCGAUCCCUACGUGAAGAUCCAUCUGCUCCCCGGAGCCUGCAAGGCCAACAAACUGAAGACUCGCACGGUGAGGAACACUCUGAACCCCGCGUGGAACGAGAGUCUGACGUACUGCGGGAUCACGCAAGAAGACAUCAGCAAGAAGAUCCUGAGGAUCUCCGUGUGCGACGAGGACAAACUGAGUCACAACGAGUUCAUCGGAGAGACCCGCGUGCCCCUGCGGCGUCUGAAACCCGGACAGAGGAAGCGAUUUAAUAUAUGCCUGGAGCGGCAAAUCCCGCUGGCAUCGCCGUCCUCCAUGUCUGCGGCUCUGCGAGGGAUUUCCUGCUACCUCAAGGAGCUGGAGCGCUGUCAGGAGUGGGAGUUGGAGGAGCGAGGACGGAUCCUGCUGUCUCUGAUGUUCAGCGCGGAGCGCGGGGGGCUGGUGGUGGGGAUCGUCCGCUGCGCUCACCUCGCAGCCAUGGAUGUCAACGGAUUCUCCGACCCCUACGUCAAAACUUACCUAAAACCAGACGUGGAAAAGAAAUCCAAACACAAAACGGCCGUCAAGAAGAAGACGCUGAACCCGGAGUUUAACGAGGAAUUCUUCUACAAAAUCGGCCAGGUGGAGCUGCACAAGAGGAGCCUCGAGGUGACCGUGUGGGACUACGACCUCGGCAAGUCCAACGACUUCAUCGGGGGGGUCACCCUAGGGGUUAAUGCUAAGGGCGAAUGUUUGAAGCACUGGAUGGAGUGUCUCUCCGCCACCAACCAGAGAACAGAGCACUGGCACACGCUAACCAACGAGCUUCCGGGAUCCACUUACACCGACUGAGGAAUGCGGCUUGAAGAACCGGGCAGAGAACACAUUGAGGGCCACUCACGCUCACGCUCACACGCCACGUCAAGACGGCAGCCACCAGAAAUCUGCCGCUCUGUGACCGCAC